AUGGCCAGCUCCACCCUCCCGCUCUCCACCGAGGUUUGCGCGCGCUGCGCGCCAGAGCCUGGUCUGCGAGCCGUCGUCUUCAAUCGCGUCCCAAAGUGCGGAUCGACGACGCUGGAGCACAUAAUCCGCAACCAGUCGCGCCGGUGCGGCUUCCAGUUCCGGCGCUCGCAUGACUACGUCAACUGCUCCAUCAGCGAGGGCGAGCAGCGCCGCUUCGCCCGCCUGAUCACUGAACUCGCGAGCCGCCGCCGCGUGCUCUACGACCGGCACCUCCACUUCGUCGACUUUGCGCAGCUCGGCAGCAACUCGCUGCGGCCGGUCUACAUCAACAUGCUGCGUGAGCCGCUGAGCAUGCAGGUAUCGGCCUUCUACUUUUGGCGCGACUGCAUCUGCCGCACGCACAAGCCUUUUUGUCGCGCCGCCUGGCAGCCGAGCAACUCGUCGCCGCUCUGCUCGACCGGCGUGGACGCCGUGUAUGCGAGCGUCGAGCCGCAGCCGGCGGUCGGCACGAUCACGCGCUACUUUUGCGGGCAGGCCGCUGUGUGCAAGGUUGCCGACCCCGCGCCCGCGGCGGCAAGGAGAGCCGCGCUCGCGCGGGCGCUGCACAACCUCCGGCAUCGCUACCUGUGGGUCGGCGUGCUCGAGCGGCUGGCCGACUCGCUCCAGCUGCUCACACUGCAGCUACCGAGCUUCUUUGGCGGCCUCGACGUCGCCGCCGCAAGCCGCGCGCACGUACGGCCGGUGGACUCCUCCGCCUACCCGCCCGCCCAGCCAGAGACGCUCUCCAAGCUCGCACGGGAAAGUGCCAACGAUCUGACCGUGUAUCGGCACGCGCUGCAGCUGCUCGAGUGCCGGCUGCUGCAUUGCGCCUCGCUACUCGGCGGCGGGGAGUACAAUGGCGAGAGCUGGCUCGCGGCGUGA